CUCAUCACACUUCCUCAUUCCUCAUCCCCACACCCGAUCACUUCUCUCCACUAUGGCAGACACCAGCAACACCCAACCCAAAGUACCCCAUGUCAUGAUUGUCGGCGCUGGUGUAUCGGGUCUCCUGUUCGCCAUCCUGCUCAAGAGGGCCAACAUCCCUUUCGAUAUCUACGAGCGCGCCCAGACUGUCAAGCCACUCGGUGCAAUCAUGUCACUGAACGUCAAUAUUCUCCCGGUCUUUGAGCAGUUGGGUCUGUACGACGAUUUGAUGAAGAUCAGCUUUACAAGUCCCGGCAUGCAUGUCCAUAACGAAAACCUGAAGGAGAUCGGAUAUCGCGAUAAUGACGGUAUCAAAACAAUGGCUGGAUACGACUAUAUUGUGUUUUCUCGUCCACAGUUGUAUGAUCUCCUGCUUGCCCAGCUGGAUGCAGACAAGGUUCACUUUGGAAAGAAACUGGUCUCGAUCAAGAACCUCCUCGAAGGCGUGGAGAUUCAUUGCGCCGACAACACCUCGUAUUCUGGGGACAUCCUCGUUGGUGCAGAUGGUGCCUACAGCGCUGUCCGCCAGAGCAUGUACAAGGAGUUAAGCGAGAAGAACCAGUUGCCCUUCUCAGAUACGCAGGGACUUCAGAUUGGAUACAUUACCAUGGUCGGUACCUCGGAUUCUUUGGAUGAGGAUAAGUACGCUGAAUUGAAGGACGACUUUACGCAUUUCCACUUUAUUAUCGGCAAGGGCAAACCCUAUACUUGGAGCACGUUCACUGUCCCAGGCAAAAGAAUCUGCUGGGGAGUGCAGAUCCAGCUGAAGGCUACCAGCGCAGAGGACAGGGAGUUCAAGAACACCGAAUGGGGCCCCGAAGGAAAUGAGGCCAUGAUUAAGGAGGUUUACGACUUUCCGACAACCUAUGGUCCUCUCGGCCAACUUAUUGAUGCGACUCCAAGAGAGCGUAUCUCCAAGGUCUUUUUGGAGGAGAAAAUGUUCGAGACAUGGUUCUCUGACCGCGUUGUGCUUAUUGGAGAUGCUGCACACAAGAUGCUUCCAAGCGCAGGACAAGGUGCUGUGAAUGCAAUGCAGGAUGCAGUGAUUCUUUCCAACUGUCUGUACGACAUCGCAAACGAUGCCACGCCCAAGAACAUCGCUACGGCAUUCAAGGAGUACAAGGACCAGCGGUACCCACACGUCAAGUUCCAGUUCGACUCCAGUAAACUGAUGGCUAAGGUCAUCUUUGGUCAGACCUGGAGCGAGCGACUGCUGCGCCGAAUCGUGUUUGGAUAUCUUCCCAAGUCGAUGCUGCAUCGAGACACCAUCAAGGCGGCGGCGUAUCGUCCCCAGUGUACAUUCCUUCCACUGACGCCCAGCCGCGGGACACAUCCACCACUGCCUCAAAAGCCCUCGAAGAGAUAUCAGGAGGAGCAGAGCCAGCUCAACAAGACGAGCACUGCCGCUGCCACGGCUUGAGUUUUUGUUAAGCAAAGAAAAAAC